AUGUACAAAGUCAAGGCCGUCUACGACUACGCGUCCCCCCACGAAGAUGAUUUGGGCUUCAAGGUCGGCCAGAUAAUCUCCGUAACCGAGGAGGAGGGCGACGACUGGUAUGUGGGUGAAUACACCGACGAGAGCGGCACCAAGCACGAUGGCCUCUUCCCCAGGAACUUCGUCGAGCGCUACGAGCCAGAGCCGCCGCCACGGCCCAACCGAGCAUCGCGGCACAAGCCCUUAGAGCAGCCGCCUGUGCAAGAAGCUCCCCCCAUGCCCCAGGCUCCUCAGCAGGAACCAGAGCCAGUUCAACCUCAGGAGCCGGAGCCCCCCAAGCCACAGCCUCCCCCCAUCGAGGUGCCCCAAGCUGCCAAAACAACACCGUUGCCCAUGUCGCCCAUGUCGCCCAUGUCGCCCCGCUCUGCUUCGAGCGCGAAGGCCCAAGAAGCCCUACCGCCGCAGUCAGAGUCGCCCAAGCCAGCUCCUCCUGCGAAGAAGGCCCCGCCACCUGUCGCCGCCAAGAACAAUGCUUUCCUGAGCCGUAUUGCCGCUUUCAACAAGACAAGUGAGCCUCCGCCUAAACCUAUCAAGCCAGCUGGCGUCGCCCCGAGCUUUGUCAAGAAGCCAUUUGUGGCUCCGCCGCCGAGUCGGAAUGCCUACGUUCCUCCCACCCGAGAGUCGGCAGCUCCACCAGUCAAGACAUACCGUCGUGAGGAGGAUCCCGAGAUUGCAGAGCGCCAGGCGCAGAAUCAGAACGAUGCAGAGCGUGCGGGACUGGUAGCUCAUGACUCUCAGAAAACAAAUGAAGGCGAAGAAGAGCAGCAGCCCAAGAUGAGUCUGAAAGAGCGCAUUGCUCUUCUUCAGAAACAACAGCAGGAACAGGCAGAAAGGAUGGCAGCUGCGCACAAAGAGAAGCCGAAGCCUAAACCGCCAGUAGUCAGGAGAACCGAGUCCCAAGACGCCCACGCUGAAGACAGCGAAGACACUGGUCUAGAGCGCGUGACAAGUGGAGCGUCCAAGGGUCGUGCGUCCAUGGACCAGAGUCGACCUCCGCGGGCAUCUCAUGACAUUCGGUCUCCGGACUCGGAAGCCCGCAAUCGCGAACUACUUAGCGAAAACGAUGCCGACCAAUCUGCCGCCGGAGACACCGAGGAUGCUGGAGGAGAGUCCACAAGUGUCGAAGAGGAUGAGGACCGACCAAAGAGCAGGCACCCGCCGCCGCCACCCCCUAGAGCACCUAAUGCUCCUGCCGAAGAGCCCAACGUUGGCGACGAGCAAGAUGUGCCGGAAGAAGAGGAGGAAGAGGAGGAGGAAGAUGAGGAGACCGCAGAGCUGAGACGUAAAGAAGAGCUACGUGAGCGCAUGAGGAGAUUGGGUGGCGGCAUGGGCGGCAUACCCAUGUUUGGCGGUCCUAUGCCCAUGGGCGGUCUUCCACCAAAACCACCAAAGAAGAAGUCGACCACUGAGAAGAAACCCGAAGACGCCGAACAGUACAGCAUGCCCCAGCAACGUGUGCCUAUGUUUGGGUUUGGUAUGCCUGGCAUGGCACCCGUCAAAAGCCCAGAGCCGGAAGACCGCGAGCUUUCCAUCGAAAAGGAAGACGAGACCUCGCACCCUGUGACCAGCGCUCAUCCAGCGGACGAGGUACCUGAUGUAGAGGACGUCGCAUCUCAGCCAACUCAACAAACAUCUACUGGCAGUGGCGCCCCACCUGUCCCAACAGACCGUAAGUUCUUGAUUCCUCGCAAACCAAUCCACACUUUCGUACGCCAUACCCAAGACUGCCUGCAGCCACCAUCUUCCGAGACCUUGUCAAAGACCUAUGUCACUUACGACGGUCUAUCGGAAUAUGUUAUGACUGUAUGCGUGUCUAGACGACCUGCUCCUCCUCCGGUGCCAGCAGCGUCUCGACCAGUGCCACCACCCCCUCCUCAGGUUCUCUCUCCUGGACCCGGAUCUGAGUCUGGCGAUGAAAUGACAGACACUGCUAACACACCGUCUGCUCCAAUGCAAGCACCCAAUAAGCGACUCUCAUAUUUUGCUUCCGGUGAGCCAUCACAAGACCCAUCAGAGAGGCGUGCGCCACCUAUCCCGUCUGCCGGUCCCGGAUCUCCUACAACAAGCCGGCCACCUCCACCACCUCCACCAGCACAAGCGCCCCCUUCGCGUCACGAAGAUCUGCCAAUCCGCAGAAUUGACCGCAACGAGGGUGAGACCGACUACGAAGGUGAUUAUGACACGGACAUGGCACCAGAGGCAACCCAUAAAGAUGCUUUGAAGUCACAUGCUAGGGAUUCAAGUGUAGAGGACAGCGCCUUGACAGACGAGCCAACAUCAGCACGAUCGCCCACAAUUCCCCACGGCAUGCCACCUCUUCCCCCUACUGCGCCUCGUGCAGUACCGCCUCCUCCACCCCAGCAGGCGCCCAGCCGGCCAUCAACAGAUGCACCACGUGGUGCUCCUCCUCUUCCUCCGGUACCGCCGCCGACUCGCAACGCCCCUAUGGACGACGAUGACGACGAGUAUGAUCCUUACAAGUAUUCCGGACCACCUCCUCCACAGGCUGCGGCACCUGCAGCUCCUAGAGCAGUUCCACCACCCCCACAAAGUCAGCCGCCUCCCCCACAGAGUCGUCCACCGCCACCAAUGCCACCAUCGAUGCCUCCCAUGCCCCAGCGUCAACAAUCAGACGAUGAGGACGAUUUGUACUCUUCGCCUGCGCCUCGGAAGUCUCACGACAGACCGCCACCUCCACCGCCUCAGGCCCCGCCGCACCAGCAUGCACCUCCACCUCUUCCACACAUGCAGGCUCCACCUCCCCCAGCUCAAGAAAGAAUGGCACCACCUCCACCCCAAGAGCGUCCUGUUUCAAUGUUCUCACCAGUUGCAACAGAGGCACCACCUCGGAUAUUGAACACUCGAAAGUCACUCGAUGCUGUCCAGAUGCUUACAACUCGCUCCUCUAUGGAUCAGACUCGUCCGACAACAAACCAAGGUUUCAUUGCAAGUGAUAUCGAUUUGGGGGUUUCUUCGCAUUGGUGGACUCAACCCAAACUGCUCCCUCCUUCACUGCAGGGUCGUAAAGACGUCCUGGUAGACAUGAAGGAGUCGCAGUCAGGCAACACUGUAGAGAAACUCAUCAAGGUUCUUUACCUUGACUAUUCACAGACAAUCAUUUCCGCUCGCUUCGAGGUCACCAAUGUCUCCGACGUUGACCUGGAGCAGCGCAAUGAGCCGCCACCUCCCAGCCAACGCCCAGACCAGCUAGAGAACGCGUACGAACAGUAUGGUCGCUCGAUAGCCAAGACCAUUGAGUCAAAACAGAACACUGUUGUCGGCAACGGCACGCCGCACGGUCUGGUUGAUGAGCUGUUGAAGCCCUUCAAUGACGCGUUGCCUCCGAUCUCGACCCGUUCGUAUGGUGCGCUCGUUUACGCGAACUUGGCCAACGCGUCCACUCAAUCUUACGAUGAGAUCCGCCCUGGUGACAUUAUCAGUUUCCGCAACGCCAAGUUUCAGGGUAAGACUGGACCAAUGCAUGCCAAGUACGCAAUGGAUGUAGGGAAGCCAGAUCACGUGGGUGUUGUUGUCGAAUGGGACGGUAGCAAGAAGAAGGUGCGGGCUUGGGAGCAAGGACGCGAGCACAAGAAGGUUAAGCCUGAGAGCUUCAAGAUGGGAGAUUUGAGAUCAGGUGAGGUGCGGGUAUGGCGUGUAAUGAGUAAGAAUUGGGUUGGUUGGAACUGA